GCAACCGCGGAUUCCCUCCUCGAUAGAUCCGGCAGGCGCACAGGCGACGGCCCCGAGCUGCGACAGAAGGCGCCAUGGGGCUCUGGGACUCGCUCCUCAACUGGCUCCGAAGCCUGUUCUUUAAGCAGGAGAUGGAGCUCUCCCUGGUUGGCCUUCAGAAUGCUGGGAAGACAUCUCUAGUCAAUUCAAUUGCUACCGGUGGCUACAGCGAGGACAUGAUUCCAACUGUAGGCUUUAAUAUGCGGAAAGUCACCAAGGGAAAUGUCACAAUUAAACUUUGGGAUCUUGGAGGGCAACGUAGAUUCCGGACUAUGUGGGAGCGCUACUGUCGUGGAGUUACUGCUAUUCUAUACGUUGUCGAUGCUGCUGACCGGGAUAGCGUUCCGAUUGCUAAAAGUGAAUUGCAUGACCUGCUGACAAAACAAUCUUUAUCUGGGAUCCCCUUACUUAUCCUUGGCAACAAAAUUGACAAGUCAGAGGCACUUUCUAAGCCGGCAUUAGUUGAUCAACUAGGUCUGGAAUCUAUAAAGGACCGUGAAGUUUGCUGCUACAUGAUCUCUUGCAAGGACUCGGUGAACAUAGAUGUUGUCAUUGAUUGGCUCAUCAAGCAUUCCAAGACUGCAAAUUAGGGUCGCUGUGUGUUUGUGCCCCCUUCAUGUGUGCCGAGAUGAAUUUAGUUUGCACAUCUUCGUUCUCAUGAUCUGGAAGGGGAAGGUAAAAGGUGACAGCCUUGUAAUCUAUGAUACAUCUUGGGUGUCACUGAGGAGCAGUAUGGAGUUUGACACUUGGGCCUCAAAAUCUUUAAUGAUCUGUAAAUUCCGUAAAUCUUUGAUUGUUCUUUUGUGUGCA